AUGGAUCCUGUAGCAGCACAAGGACGUCCUCUCCCUCCACCCUUUCUCACUAGAGAUCUUCACCUACACCCUCACCACCAAUUCCAACCCCACCACAACCACCAAAACACUGAAGAAGAAAGUGCUAAUGGCCGUGGCCAGAAGCGAGAUCGAGAGGACAACACCGCGGGUGGCGGUGCCAACACUCCUCCCCACGGCGGUAUGGAAGGCAAAGACCCUGGGUCAGGAGAAGGAGGAGGAAGUGAAAUGUCAAGAAGACCAAGAGGAAGACCGGCAGGGUCCAAAAACAAGCCCAAACCACCCAUUAUCAUCACAAGAGACAGUGCUAAUGCUCUCCGAUCCCAUGUCAUGGAAAUUGCCAACGGUUGUGACAUCAUGGAGAGUGUCACCGCCUUCGCAAGGCGGCGACAACGCGGUGUUUGUGUCCUCAGCGGCAGCGGCACCGUCACUAAUGUCACCCUGCGGCAACCGGCCUCGCCGGGUGCUGUCGUGACCCUUCAUGGAAGGUUCGAGAUUUUGUCCCUGUCCGGUUCAUUCCUGCCGCCGCCGGCACCUCCGGCAGCGUCGGGACUAGCCAUAUACUUGGCUGGAGGACAAGGACAAGUAGUUGGUGGAAGCGUGGUGGGACCCCUUUUGGCUUCUGGCCCUGUUGUUAUCAUGGCUGCUUCAUUUGGUAAUGCUGCUUAUGAGAGGUUACCCUUGGAAGAAGAGGAAACUCCAGUUGCAGUUAAUAGCACAGGAGGGUUAGGGUCCCCAGGGAUUGUGGGAACACAGCAACAACCACAACCGCAAUCACAACAACAACUUGUGGGAGAUCCUAAUAGUUCUCUUUUCCAUGGAGUGCCUCAGAAUCUUCUCAAUUCGUGUCAAUUACCAGCAGAGGGUUAUUGGGGUGGCAGUGCUCGCCCUCCUUUUUAA